CAGCAGCAGCAACAGCAGCAGCAGCGGCAUAAGGAGACCCCGCGCGUCUUCUGCGGUGCUGCAGCACGCAGGAGAUGUUGCGCCCUGUUCAGGUUUCUGUAUGGAAGACGAGUCCGCUGCUGCUGCUGCUGCUGCUGCUGCUGAGGCUCGGCAGCAGCAGCAGCAGCAGCAGCAGCUGGCGCUGCUGCAGCAGCAGCACGCAACGCUGCCGUGGGUGUCUCUCGGGGAGGGGCCCCCCAGGCUGCUGGGGGGCCCCUCGAAUUUGCUGGAGCAGCAAAGGGCCCCUUGCUGCAGGCAGCAGCAAACAAGUGGAAGCAGCAGCACUGCUGCAGACGGCGUCCCCAGCCAGCAGCAGCAGCAGCAGCAGCAGCAGCAGCAGCGGACACGGCUUGCCCGCCCAGCAGCAGCAGCAGCAGCAGGACGAGGCAGCAGCAGCUCGUCAAGCCUGGGACUGGGGGAACCCUCAGAUGUGUCUCCUUUUCGCGCUUUUGCUGCUGCUGCUGCUGUCUCCUCGCAGCAGCAAAUCAACAAAUACCAUUUGUGGCCUCCGCUGCGCAGCAGCAGCUGCCGCAGCAGCAGCGGGAGUUCGCUGCUGCAGCCGGGCCAGCUGCGCCACCCUGCUGCAGGCAGCAGCAGCAGCCGCAGCAGCAGCAGGAGAGCAGCGCCAGCAGCAGCACGAAGUGCAGCAGCAGCAGCAGCAGCAGCAGCGUCAAUGCCAGCAAGAUUCUCAGCUGAACACACAGGCUCAAGGCGGGCUUCGGGGGGCCCCCAGGGGGGCCCCCUGGCCUGGUCUCUGGGGGCCCCCCUUGGGGGGCCCCCUGGGGGCCCCCUGGGGGGCCCCCGCAGGGGGGCCCCCGACUCUGCACAAGAGAGACUGGAAAAGGUUUGGAGACAAGAGGACUUUUGUCCCUUUUUGCAUCACCGGAUUUUGUCUCUUUUGGAGAAGAGAAAGAAAAAGGUUGAGAGCCAGAGACAAGCAGCAGCAGCAGCAGCAGCAGCAGCAGCAGCAGCAGCAGCAGCAGACCUGCAACGGGCGCGCAAGCAGCAGCAGCAGCAACAGCAGCAGCAGCAGCAGGUGCGGGAGAAACAGCAGCGGCAACUGCACAGGAAGCUUGAAAGGGAGACGCUUGAGAAGGAGGCGGGCAGCGCAGCAGCAGCAACAGCAGCAGCAGCAGCAACAGCAGCAGCAGCAACAGCAGCAGCAAGCGCAGCAGCAGCCAAGACUUCGCCGGAGACGAAGACUGCUGGGUACCUGUUGUCUAGAAAACCCGCAGAGGCAAAUCCUAGGAGACCAGCAGCAGCAGCAGCAGCAGCAGCAGCAGCAGCUGAAGAGAAAAGUGGGCCGCCGCUAGACUCCUCAGCUGCACCAGGCGCUGCAGCACAGCAGCCGCAGCAGCCGCAGCAGCAGCAGCAGCAGCAGCAGCAGCAGCAGCAGGUUCCUUGGGCUUCUACAGACAAGACAAGGGAGCCUCCGCAGGCGCUGAGCGUUGCUGCGUAUCCAGCGAGCAGCAGUGUGUGGGGUGACAGCAGCAGCAGCAGCAGCAGCAGCAGCAGCCAGGGGAACCUUGUCUUUGGAGCGGCAGCAGGGCCAGCAGCAGCAUCAGCGGGACCAGCAGCAGCAGCAGCAGCAGCAGGUCCCCUGCAGCAGCAGAACUGGUCCCAGUUCUCUCCGCAGCAGAUGCAGUUUGCGGUGCAGCAGCAGCAGCUGCAGCAGUUGCAGAAGCAGCAGGAGCAGCAGCAGCAGCAGCUCCCAGUUGGGUGGGGCCCGUACGCUUCCUCGAGCUGCAGCAACUCGUACUGCAGCAGCAGCGCGUCCUCUUCUGCUGCCCUGAGCUGCGUGUCUGUGUCUAGCAUUUGGUCUGCUGCUGCUGCUGCAGCAGGUCCUGCUGCAGCAGGUCCUGCUGCAGCAGGGCCUGCUGCUGCUGUGCCGGACCCAGGAGCCUUCGCGGCGCCGCCGCAGCAGCUGCAGCUGCUGCCGUACCUGCAGCAGCAGCAGCAGCAGCAGCAGCAGCAGCACGCAGCAGCGUCGCUUGGGGUGCCGUGGGUCUCUGUGGACUACCCGUUGGGCGAGCAGCAGCAGCAGCAGUUGCUGCAGCAGCAGCAGCAGUUGCUGCUGCAGCAGCAGCAGCUGCUGCUGCAGCAGCAGCAGCAGCUGGAGCUGCUGCAGGCGCCGCCGGCGCCUGCCCCGCAGCAGCAGCAGCAGCAGCAGCAGCAGUUCUCGCUGCAGCUGGAGAGCAGCUUAGACCCCGCAGCGUGCGUGGAGGUGCAGCUGCACCUGCCGCGGCGGCUGCUGCAGCAGCAGCAGCAGCAGCAGCAGCAGCAGCGGCUGCCGCUGGGGCUGACGAACGUGGGCAACAGCUGCUACCUGAACAGUUUGCUGCAGGCGUUGUACCUGUGCGACUGCUUCGUGGCGAACUUGUUUCGCUUCAGCCUGCCAUCGCGCAGCAGCAGCAGCAGCAGCAGCAGCAGCAGCAGCAGCAGCAGCGGGAACCCGCAGCUGCUGCGGGCGCUGCAGUGCCUGUUCACGGAAAUGGCCGUGUCCCGCAGCAGCAGCGCAGACCCCUCGGGAGUGGUGGGGGCCCUUCCUGCUGCUUACCAGCAGCAGCAGCAGCAAGACGCGAGCGAGGCGCUGCACUGUCUCUUCGAGGGCCUGGGGGGACUGCAGCAGCAGCUGCUGCGGCUGCUGUUUGCCGGCGUUGUGCUGCAGACAGUGGAGUGCUGCUGCUGCAGGACCCGCAGCAGCCGCGCGGAGACAGUCAGCAGCUUCUCCUUCCCAGUCCCGCCAGCAGCAGCAGCAGCAGCAGCAGCUUCUCCGCGCGCGCGCCGCCGCCGCCGCAGCAGCAGCAGCAGCAGCAGCAGCAGCAGCAGCAGCAGCAGGCUGUCGGUGCAGGGGCUGUUUGACCUGCUGGUGGCGAAGGAGCUGCUGCGGGGGGAGAACAACAGCAGCAGCAGCAGCAGCAGCAGCAGCAGGCCGUGGUACACGCUGGACGACAGCAGCGUGAGCGUCUGCAGCAGCAGCAGCAUCAACGCCAUCAGCAGCGACAGCAGCAGAGAUGAUGUUCCUUAUUUGCUGUUCUACCGCUGCGUGGAGGCCCCCCCGGCUCCCCGCUGCCUCAUUCCUUACAGGAUUUACAAACAAGUCCGCGCCCGCAUGCGCGACAGAAGCUAG